GGAGGGCCGCGCAGUCGGACCGGCUGCUGAGACGAAAGCUUCACUGGGGCAGUCUCCGCAUAUCAUGGGGAGUUAGCCGAGCAGCCUGUAGCUUUUGAAAAUGGCUGCCUCUCAUUACUCCGGGCUUACAGCUGUUGCUGAUGUCAUUAAAGAUCUAGACACUCAGAUAGCACUGAUUGGCCUUGGUCCUCACAGCUCCAAAAAGAAGCAGGAUCUUGAUAAACUCUAUGAGCUGAAGUCCAAAGCUCGGCAGAUUAUGAAUCAGUUUGGCCCCUCAGCCCUAAUCAACCUCUCCAAUUUCUCAUCUAUAAAACCAGAGCCAGCCAGCACCCCUCCACAAGGCUCCAUGGCCAAUAGCACCACUGUGGUAAAGAUACCAGGCACUCCUGGGACAGGCGGUCGUCUUAGCCCUGAAAACAAUCAGGUAUUGACCAAGAAGAAAUUACAAGACUUAGUCAGAGAAGUGGAUCCUAAUGAGCAGCUGGAUGAAGAUGUGGAGGAGAUGUUGCUGCAGAUCGCCGAUGAUUUCAUCGAGAGUGUGGUGACCGCGGCCUGCCAGCUUGCUCGGCAUCGCAAGUCUAGCACCCUAGAGGUGAAAGAUGUCCAGCUGCAUCUAGAGCGCCAGUGGAACAUGUGGAUCCCAGGAUUUGGCUCUGAGGAAAUCCGACCCUACAAAAAAGCUUGCACCACAGAAGCUCACAAACAGAGAAUGGCAUUGAUCCGGAAAACAACCAAGAAAUAACACAGGGGACAGUCAGGGAAUGGACGACGUGUGUUUGGAGAUACUUGAGCUGAGACCUCAGCCAUCUCAUCCUUGGAUUUUUUUUUUAAUGCUUUACAGAGAAGCAUAUAUUUUUUAUUAACAGUGCAGCAAUAUCUAUAAUGACUGAGAAGAUCUGCCAAAAGAAUAAAGCCUCCUACCCCAACUUCUGGUCCCUUUCCCUGCCAUCUCAAAGGAGGAGACUUGCCCUGUGGUUUAUCUGUAAACGACUGACUGUAGGCAGAGUGUGUGCUCGUGUUGGGGAGACAGUGUUAGCAGGUUUGGAGAGGGUCUGUCGCCUCCGCCCCUGUCUCCGUACUUUGUAAUGUCAGUGUUUCUAUGAAUAUGAACUUGAUUUGCUUUUCCAGAAUAAAGAACUUAUUAAUGGAGA